AUGUUCAAGUCUGCAUCAUGGAGGAGCGAGAAGAAGAUCAAGGCAGUAUUCAAGAUGCAGUUUCAGGCUUCACAGGUGCCAAAACUGAAAGCGAAGAACUUGAUGAUUUCCCUGGUUCCGGCCGAUGUUGGGAAACCAACCGCUAGAUUAGGAAAAUCCCCAAUCAUUGAAGGCACCUGUUCGUGGGAGAAUCCAGUCUAUGAAACUAUGAAAUUAGUGAAAGAGACCAAAACAGGGAAAUUCAAAGGAAAAUUUUAUUACUUCGUGGUCUCAACGGGAUCAUCAAAAUCAGGUCUUGUGGGAGAAGCAUUAAUUGAUUUUGUGGAUUUCAUAGAGGCUGUCAAUCCUGUAAUGAUAUCUAUGCCCCUUGAAGCAACGGAGACAGGUGCACUUUUACAUGUUACCAUUCAGAACCUAGAAGGAAAUUUGGAUGAAAGAUCCGUGGAGGAAGAUGAAAGUCCGAAAACUGAUUACUAUAGUGGAAGUUUGGACUCACAACUGGGAGAAAAUGACAGAACAGAGAACAAAAACCUUGAAGAUACACAAGACCAGCAACCUAAUGGAAUAACUCAUCUCUAUGAGCAAAAAAUCAGCUUUUCCAGUGAUGACCAAUCGCAAGAUAAUAUGUAUAGGGCUUCUCCAGACAUCCUGGGAGAUAUGUAUCAGAUAUCCCCAGAUUGGUCAUUCAAAGACACUUCUCAUAAAAGCGUAACUGAAAGGGCAAACAGCCCCAGGAAGAAAUGUGCACCGGAGAAAAUGCAACUUCAUCCCGAUGAGGUGGAUAGGAUGAAUACUCAAAUUAAGACACUGGAAAGGCAGGCAGAAAUGGCAGAUUUGGAAUUACAGUCCCUCAGGAGGCACACUGCUAAAGAGACCACAAAAGUACAGGAAUUAACUGGACGAAUUGUCUCCCUAACCCACGAGAAGGACGCACUUAAAGCAGAAUGUGAGCAGCUGAAGACCUCGUUGAAAAGCAUGCAAGAGUCAGAAGUUUCGAACAAUUCACUGCCAACUGAAAACUUGAGCAAUACAUCUGAAGAAAUCAACCAAGAGCUUAGCCGACAAAAGCAAUUAAACAAAAGGUUGAAAUUUCAGCUACAGAAGACAGAAGACUCAAACUCAGAACUUAUUCUUACUGUAAGAGGUCUUAAAGAGGAGUUGAAUCGGAAAAAUACGGAAGUACAUCAUCUUUCUGCAAAAUUAAAGGCCAACAAAAGUGAGCCAAAAGCUCAACCAGAUGCACACAUGUACAGAACGGGGCGGAAGAAGGAAACAAAGGAACUUGAAGAAAAUGUUGAAGAGCAGAAUGACACGGAUGAAUUAGAAUACUUGAAGCAGGAAUUGAGAAGCUUAACUAAUGAGCUGGAGCUCUCUAGGAAAGAGAACGAAGAACUAAAGCUGCAAAUUCAACAUCUUAAUCAGGGCUAUGAAAUAGUUAAGAAGGAUAAAGAUGAGGUAUACUCUACCUUACAGCAAAAACAAGUAGAAAUUAUGGAAAUGCAAAAUGAGUACUCUGAGUCCUUGAAUACUGUGAGGAAACUCAAACUCCAGGAAGAGAGUUUUAUGCGAGAAAUCGAGAAGCAGGCAUUACUACACUCGGAAGCUUUAUCUACAAUUGAUGAGCUAGAAACUGAAGUUAAGAGCCUGGAGGAGAGACUGGAACGGGAGGCAAAUGAUUUUCAAGAUAAGCUCACAGAAGUCAGUGAAGCAAAGGCUCAGCAGGAGCAAAGGGUAAUGCGAGCAGAGGAAGCAUUAAGAAAUGCAAACUGGAGUAAAACCAAAAUGACAGAGCGUCUUAGGGAAGAAUUCAGGAAAGAAACUGAAGAAAUGACAUCCAAGAUCAAUGAGAGUGAAAAACUAGCAGCGCAGGCAGUUGCAGAGGCCGAUGAACUACGACAGCAAAACGAGUCUCUUCAGAACCUACUUCAGAAAACCAAUGUUGAGCUCCAAGCUUAUAAAGAGAAAUUGGAGAGAAAGAACAAAGACCUUUCCAAUGGAAAUAGUUUCAGAGAACAGGAAAAAAAACUUUGUUCACUCAGGAAAGAAUCUGAAACCCUAAAAGAGGAAAAUAAACAAUUAAAGACUCUGAUUGACGAGAUGGAGAAGAGAGAGGAAAUCAUGCACCUUGAGAUGCAGAAGCUCAGCGAUCAACAUGACAAACUGCGUCGGAAGAAGGAUAUCGUCAUCAACACUGCUGAAGAGACUCAUUGUGAGAAUGAUAACCAAGGCACAAUCAAACAGAAAACUGGACCAGCCAACAACCAAAUCACCUUUGAUGGAGAACCUGAAAAAAAAGGUGAAGGAGCAUAUGCACAUCAUUGUGGUGAAUUGGACACUUUAGAUGGCACCGCAGCAGAAAUAAAACUUUGCAAGGCACAAUCAAAAAGAACUUAUUCUCACUCAAAGAACGAAGUGAAAAAGGAAAGUCAUCAUGCCCCCCAUGUUUCUGAUAUGGCCAAAUUAUUAGAUGAAACAGCAUCCUUAAAGGAAGAGAAGAAGCAUAUGGCAAUUGAACUGAAAGAGAUGCAAGAAAGAUACUCCGAGAUAAGUCUCAAGUUUGCAGAGGUAGAGGGUGAAAGGCAGCAACUCGUCAUGAUGUUACGGAAUCUAAGAAAUGGAAAGAAGGCGUAGUUUUUCGUCGACUCUAAGUGCUAUCUCUAGCUCUCCCUGAGUAAAUGAAAUUCAUCAGAAGCAAUCAACAGAUUGGGUUUGCAAAUCCUCUUCCGGGGAUCAUUGUUUCCCACUUUCCCUUAUCUCUAAUGUCCAUUCUCCUCAAAAAAACAAUAAUAUCGAAGAAGCAACAGUAUCCAAAGUGAAAAAGUAAAUAUAGCUACCCCCAUGAACUUUUCCAGUAUACAGCAGGAUCACAUGAGCUUGUUAAAUUUGCUCCCAUGAAUAGUUAAGCAUCCCGAUGUGUAAAGUGAAUAUAGUGUUUGCCAUCACAUUAGGAAACCCAAUAAAUAUAAGGACAGAAUUUUAUUGCCAAUGAACUUUGAAAAUCUGGCCUCGGAUAUUUUGUGAAGGGCCAAGAUUUGGACAAGCCUAGAGAAAAAAUUAUUCCAAAUUCAUGCUCAAUGUUUCAAUGAAAGAGAGACGAGAGAGGGGUUCAUCAGUUAGCAGA